CAAAAUGAAAAAUGUCUUUAAAUAAAUGUAAAGAGAAUCAUAGUAUUAUAACAAAUUUGAUCUUAUAAUUAACAUUUUUUACUGUUUUACAUACAGACGAAUUUCAAUUCGAUCGUUACAUUUUCCAAAUCUUCCUACCAGCAUUAAUCUGUAAUAAGCUGUUUGACGUGCUAAGCUGUAUGUUAAUUCUAUCAGACAGCAGCUGUAUUAGCGGUAAACGGUAGUAUACCGCAAAUGUCUCGUUCAGUAUAAUCGUGUAUUGUAGCUGUAAAAUAACCAAAGAAUGAAGUUCAGCAUUGAAUCUACUGCUUCUUAUAACAGUAUACAUCCAGAAUAUCAUUACACAGAACAAUUCGCCAAUAAUGCUGAAACAUAUCAAGAGGGUACCAAAUGGUAUGGAGUAUUUUUGGCAUUUUUAUCAGGUACAUUUUUUACAAUUAGUUCUGCAUUAGUCAAAGCAGUAGAAAACGUACAUCCUAUGGUAUUACUGGCUAUCAGAUCUAUUCUACAAAUGUUAGUCAUGGCUACUGUAGCACUUAAAGUUUCCAAAAGUCUUUUUGGACCCAAAGGGCAAAGAAUGCUCUUACAUUUGCAAGGAAUAGUAGGUGGUGCAACUUUAUCAUUAUUAUAUUAUAGUUUUCGAAAAUUGCCUAUAGGAGAUGCUACAACAAUCAUAUUUAGUUCUCCAGUGAUUGUUAUUGCAUUAUCUUUCAUUUUGUUAAAAGAACCUUGUGGAAUAUUACGUGUGAUAGUUAUGUGUGCACUCUUUGCAGGUGUUGUUUUUGUAUCUAAACCACCAUUUCUAUUUCAGACAUAUAGAACUGAAUCGUACAAUGUGAUGGGAUAUGUAUGUGCUAUCUUAGCAACCCUAUUUACAGCUCUUAACAUAGUUAUUAUGAGGAAGUGUUCGAAAAUCCAUUAUUCAACAAUAAUCUUCAACCUAUCUUGGUAUUCACUCAUUACAGCAAUAUUUUUCUUCUUCCUUGUGUCAGAUAAUCACGAACAAAAAUCAAAGUUGCCACAUGAUUGGAUUACCUGGAGUAAAAUAUUGUUAGUAGCACUAACUGGAUUAUCAGGUCAAAUUUUAGUAACUAAUGCAUUAAAGAUAGAAGGUGCUGGAAAAGUAUCAGUGACUAGAUCUUUAGAUAUUAUUUUAGCUUAUAUUGUACAAAUAUAUUUUUUUGGAGAUCAGCCUACAUCAACCAGUAUCAUUGGAGCAUUUCUAAUCAUAGUCUCUGUUAUAUGUAUGGGAUUUGAGAAAGAAAUUUAUAAUGUUUGUGAUUUUAUUCCCUAAUUAAAGAUACAGUACCUUAAAUUAUAUACCUGCUCUUAGCAUAAAUAUAGAUAAUAUUAUACAUAUUUUUAUGAAUGGUGAAAACAUUGUUGUUAUACUGUUAUUAUGAUUUCCAUAAUAUAAAGUUUUAAGACUUUAUACAGUAUAAUAUUAAAUUAUAUAUAACUACCAUUCAUUUACAUAAUUUUUUCAACCGCAUUAAUUUGUAUAUUUUGUAUAAGUUUUAAUGCAAAAUAAAAACAAAAGCAGCAAGUAUUUGAUAGUGUAACUUAAACCGAUUCUAUCGAAUCUGUACCAUUUUUUUUAAACUUGUCACUAGAUAGAAAUGACACAACUUUAAAGUAUACAAAUGAAUACAUAUUUACAAUUGUACACACAUCAUUACUAUAUGUACUUUGAAUUAUCCGUGACUUUGUGCGGACGUAAUUAAUUAUAUUUUUAUAAUUAUUGACGCGGUUUAUUAAAAAAAAAAUAUAUAUAUAACUACGAUUAACAACAGCAUACCAUAUCCAAGAUAAUAGUAUGUACACUUUCUUUCUUUAGCUACUUUAUCUCUGAUAGAUACAAACAAUUCUAUCGAGAAAAUGCUAAUUUAGAGCUUAUAGAUCUAUACAUAUUCUUAGAUCUUAUAUAGUUUACAACUUAAGUAAUACAUAUACGAAUUUUUCAGCAAUUGUUUAAGAUUUUAUCAUGCAACAUAGUAUUGUAUGCUACACUAUUUAUUUUAGAUUAAUUAUCGGUAGAAAGAAGCCACGGAUACUUACAUGCAAUCAAUCUUCUUAUAGUUGAAAAAACAGAAAACUUAUGUACAUGUUCUUGUCUGUACCACUUUUUAAAUAUUUUAUUUCGAAAUUUCAUCCAAUUUGCAUUUCUUUGCAAUUAUUGCCACCUGCACUAGCUGCUCUAUGCACGCGUUAACUAAAUCAAUUUUCGAAUCUUUUGUGUUAUGCUUAAAUAAUAUUAAAGCUACCGUUAAACGGGAAUGUAAUUAUGUGUAAUAUUGAAAUAAGAAUUAUUUAUACAUAAUAUAUCAACUUUUGUCUGAGAUUUUUGAUGUUUUUUUUUUGUGUAAAUUUAUAUUUACAUAGUUCUUAUCCAAAAGUUGUAACUUUACAUUGGUCACAUAUGAAUUUUUCUAAAUUUAUAAGACAUCCCUAAAUGUCUUGUAUCAUAAUUUCGAAACAGUAUGAAGUCUAGUUUGUAUUCUGUGAAUUUAAGUAGUUUUAAACUGGUUUUAAUUGUUUCUUCAGCAUUACAUCACUAAUAUAAUUACAUAUACUACUAAAAAAAUUAAUUACUAUUUAAGUAUGUACACAACAUACAAAAUAUGAUGCUGUCCUAUGAAUAUAAUUAUUAAACGCAUUCUCUAUUACUUGAAUGUUUCUCUGAAAAGUGUCUUUUUUCCUUAAACAAUAUUACCAAUAUCUUUUAAUUUACUUGUUGAAUUUCUUCAAAUAAUUUCGUUUAUAUAUAAAAAUAUAGAAACAAAUGAAUAGUGGGCAUUGUGCACCAUUUCUAUAAAGACAGAUAAAAAUAUCAAAUAAUAAUAUAUAUAUGUAUAUACACACACGUUGUUUUGCAAAAUGUUACAAAUGGUAUCAGAAUUUUUAUUAUAUUCUUCAUUAUAUUCAAAAUAUCUCUUAGUUAUAAAAAUAGAGCACACACUGGUUUUGAUUGAUUGCCUCAUAUAAUGCCAUUGAAAUACAAUUAAUUUAACUUUGGAAUACAUAUAUAUAUGUAUAUAUAUUGUAUAUAUAUGUAUAUAUAUAUAUACAAUUACGCAUAUACACAUAUAUCACCUCGAAGCUAAGAAAGAUAUUACAAAAGUCUACAGUAUCUUGGAUUAAAUAUAAUAAAAUUAUUGUAUGUUACUUUAUACAAGAAAAUAUAUAUAUAUUUUAAAUAAUUUUUAAAACAUAAUAUUCAAUUAUACGACCUUGCAGACUUUAAACAAUUUGAAACAUUAAUUAGAUGUUUUUUAUUAUUUAA